AUGGCUUUAGCUCAUGUUCUGAAGAAAGAAAGAAGGCUAGAUGUAAGCCACAACUGCCCAGAAGCUAAUUCUCUUCUUAACGAGGCUCAGCUUCUACAUCAAGCUUCGAUCAGUAAAGAGUCUCGUGAUAAGUUGCAUUUGACUCUAGCUAAAGCUUCAGCUAUUCCGCAGACGGAAGAAAGUCCAACACCGAGUUUAAUUCUUUCACCACUAGAAGAGUAUUUAUCUGCAGAUCAGUUAAAAGUUACUGAGAGUAGUGCUGUAGCUCUUGCAGUGUUUAAUGUAUUUUUGACUCUUCAUCCAAACACAGCUGGUGACAAUGUUGUAGAAAUGAAUUCCUUAGUGCAUCAGGACUACCUCACCAACCCUUGCUUCAAGGAGUGUCUGUUCUGGGCUGGACGACUGCAUGAGACCUACAGUGACGCAAUUUACGAUUUCGUGCUAAAGAAAUGGAAAAAUGGACCACAGUUCUACACUGAUGACGAUGAGGCAAAGAAAUUCAUGAAGCUUUUGAUGAUAAUUUUGGGGAAACCGAUCAAACAGGCCAGUGCUGAGACAGGAUCUUUAGUCAAGCGGGGGAUUGAAGGUCAGAGAUUUCUGAUGAUUCGAGUCCUAGCUGAUUAUUUGCUGCAUGUACAUUUGGAGUGCUCUUACAUUGCCUACCAAGCCGCUGCGUACCUCAUGGGUCGUAGCGUGCUCUCAGAAAUCUACAAUGUGAUUAAAUGA